AUGCUAAGUAGUGGAGGAAGAAGUACGUUAAGUUUUGCUGGAUUGUUGAGGUUUCUAUUGCUACUUCCACUUAAUGCAGAUUUGCUUCCCGAAAGCAAUAGCGGGACAGGAAGCGAUGUCGUUGACAACAAGACAACGAAGAUACCAAUAUUAUCAAUUGAUGAACACAGUGAAGAUGUGGAAGAAAGGAAAAGUUCGAUGGCUAUUUUUUUCAUACUCAUGGUGAUUGCUGUGUCAACAUUGGUCGUGCAUAUACUUAUCGUAUCUAAAUUAUAUUUUAUACCAGAAAGUGCUGUAAUUGGUCUUGUGUUAUCAUACAGUAAAAGAGAUUGGACAGAAGUAGAAACAUUUAGCCCCAGUAUAUUUUUUCUUGUUCUCCUUCCGCCGAUUAUUUUCGAGAAUGGUUAUAACUUGCACAAAGGCGAUUUCUUCAUGAAUAUGUUCCCGAUCUUAUCAUUUGCUACACUUGGAACAGUAAUAUCUGCUUUAACUAUUGGUUCAGUUUUGUACGUCCUUGGCCAGGCAGAUUUAAUAUAUAAAAUGCGUGUCGCAGAGAGUUUUGCAUUUGGCUCAAUGAUCUCUGCUGUGGAUCCAGUUGCUACGCUUGCAAUCUUUCAAGCAUUAAACGUUGAACGAAUGCUAUAUAUGCUUGUUUUUGGCGAGUCCAUAUUUAACGACGCUGUUUCUAUCGUUCUUACAUCUACUUCGCUGGAAAUGUCUCUUCAAAAUGUUACAUGUUCGACAUCAGUCAGCUUAUUUUCCCCUGUAAUUUCCAGAUUUACCUAUAUCUUUCUCAUAUCUGCUCUUCUUGGUGUCUUUGUUGGACUUCUUUCGGCACUGAUGUUCAAGUACGUUGAUCUGCGUAAAACGCCAUCACUGGAAUUUGCUUUACUACUUAUAUUUGCAUAUUUGCCAUACGGUCUUGCAGAUGCCAUUUCACUUUCAGGUAUAAUGGCUACUUUAUUUUGCUCAAUAACCAUGUCUCAAUACACUCAUUUCAAUAUUUCGCCUAUAACACAAAUCACUAUGCAACAGACAUUUAGAACAUUAGCAUUUGUGGCAGAAACUUGCACUUUUGCAUAUUUGGGACUGGCUUUGUUUACAAUCAAACUUCAAUUUGAACCAAUGUUUGUAUCAUGGAGCAUUUUGCUUUGCUUCGUCGGUCGUGCGUUCAAUGUAUUUCCCCUGGCUUAUCUAGCCAACAAAUGUCGUCAUCCUCAGAUUUCUGUAAAGAAUCAGUUCAUAAUGUGGUAUAGUGGUAUGAGAGGAGCUGUGGCAUUUGCAUUAGCUUUACAUAUAUCGAUAGAAAAUCAGGAAACAAAAAGAGUUUUGUUAACAACAACACUUUUCAUCGUGUUAUUCACCAUUAUUUUUCUUGGUGGUACAACUUUACCUGUGCUAUGGAUGCUAAGCGGUGCAUUCCCGGAUAGGAAGCAGCAAAAGAGUGUAGGAAUACGAAAAGCGAGUGACACGGAUAGAUCUGCUGUGCUGCUAAGUAAAACGCAAGAAAUGUUUAUAUUCGAUCAAUCGGAACAUUUGGCUGAUACAGAAGAGAUUGAUAAAUUUACCAAAUAUGAGAGAGAUACAUAUAAGGGAGCUGCUUACAAAUUUAACAAGCUAUUUGUCCGACCAUUCUUCGUCCGGAAAUAUACGUUGCAAGAGCUACAGGAGAAUCGAAUGAGUAUGCAUCGAAUCACAAAUAAAUUACUUAAUGCAGACUGUAGUGGUGUAACUCCACAGUUCUCUACCGAUGAAACCUCUACUAGUUCUUCAAUAGCCCAGUCGUUACUGUAA